ACUAAUCAACAAACCAGCUUUUGGGGCUUGACGCGACCCUUGCCUCAGGCCUCUCGGGGUCCAGACAGACGCCCAGCCCGCUCUGCGAGGCAGCAGUGAGUAGUGUGGUACCUCCUUGUCUCGGUUCAGUUACAGACCUCCCCUUCUUCCGGCUGCUCUGGACAGCAGGCGACCUCAGGACCCUCUGAUUGGCGCCUGCGCCGACGGACCGUGACCGAGAAAACCCCUGGAGGGACUUGGGCAUUCCUUGGGCUCAGUGCCUGUUCUUACUGCUCCUUUCGGUAAAGGCAAGGAUCUCACAUUAUCAGUCUUUGACCCGCACAGAAUGCCAGGCAUUUGAUAAAUGUUUGUUGAACUUGAAGAGACAUAUGGACAAUGAAUCUGCAAAGGUUAUCGUCUACAUUUAUCCUGAGACCUCUUCUCUUCUUAUUCCAAAAUGUUGAGAUACUGGGGAGAGAUACCAAUAUCAUCAAGCCAGACCAACAGAAGUUCCUUUGAUUUGCUCCCACGGGAGUUCCGUCUGGUGGAAGUCCAUGACCCACCCCUGCACCAACCCUCAGCCAACAAGCCGAAGCCCCCCACUAUGCUGGACAUCCCCUCAGAGCCAUGUAGUCUCACCAUCCAUACGAUUCAGUUGAUUCAGCACAACCGACGACUUCGCAACCUUAUUGCCACAGCACAGGCCCAGAAUCAGCAACAGACAGAAGGUGUAAAAACUGAAGAGAGUGAACCUCUUCCCUCGUGCCCUGGGUCACCUCCUCUCCCUGAUGACCUCCUGCCUUUAGAUUGUAAAAAUCCCAAUGCACCAUUCCAGAUCCGGCACAGUGACCCAGAGAGUGACUUUUAUCGUGGGAAAGGGGAACCUGUGACUGAACUCAGCUGGCACUCCUGUCGGCAGCUCCUUUACCAGGCAGUGGCCACAAUCCUGGCCCACGCAGGCUUUGACUGUGCUAAUGAAAGUGUCCUGGAGACCCUAACUGAUGUGGCACAUGAGUAUUGCCUGAAGUUUACCAAGUUGUUGCGUUUUGCUGUGGACCGGGAGGCCCGGCUGGGACAGACUCCUUUUCCAGAUGUGAUGGAGCAGGUAUUCCAUGAAGUGGGUAUCGGCAGUGUGCUCUCCCUCCAGAAGUUCUGGCAGCACCGCAUCAAGGACUAUCACAGUUACAUGCUACAGAUUAGUAAGCAACUCUCUGAAGAAUAUGAAAGGAUUGUCAAUCCUGAGAAGGCCACAGAGGACAUGAAACCUGUGAAGAUCAAGGAGGAACCUGUAAGCGAUAUCACCUUUCCUGUCAGUGAGGAGCUAGAGGCUGACCUUGCUUCUGGAGACCAGUCACUGCCUAUGGGAGUGCUUGGGGCUCAGAGUGAACGCUUCCCAUCUAACCUGGAGGUUGAAGCUUCACCACAGGCUUCAAGUGCAGAGGUAAAUGCUUCUCCUCUUUGGAAUCUGGCCCAUGUGAAAAUGGAGCCUCAAGAGAGUGAAGAAGGCAAUGUCUCUGGGCAUGGUGUGCUGGGCAGCGAUGUCUUCGAGGAGCCCAUGUCAGGCAUGAGUGAAGCUGGGAUUCCUCAGAGCCCUGAUGACUCAGAUAGCAGCUAUGGUUCCCACUCCACUGACAGCCUCAUGGGGUCCUCCCCUGUUUUCAACCAGCGCUGCAAGAAGAGGAUGAGGAAAAUAUAAAAGGAAAAGAGGGAGAUUUUUUGUCCAGACCUACUAGACCCAACAGAAAAAGUUUUUAUAUUAGAAUCUGUUUCCAUAAAAAUUGAUUUGACUCCUGUUCUUAAACACAAGUGGCUUUUCCUUAUUCCAGAGGAACUGGACGUCACCAAACAAGGUUGCAUUUUACUUUUGCAUCCAGUUUUCAUAGUUUUCCACAACCAAGCCACCUUUCACAGAUGAAAUAUGAGGCUGGCAUGGCAAUCAAAGCAAAGCACUGUCCUCGACUGUUGUCUUAACUAUGACUAGACAUGUUACUUAGCUUCUCUACAGCCAUUUCUCUUGUACAACUGAGAAUCAUACUUCUUUGACCUACCUUGUAGAGAUGUGAGGAUUUAGAUGUUUGCUAACUUCAAAACUGUGCUUGAAUAGACUCAUAAUAUAUGCUCAUAUCAGA